AUGUAUGUGAAAUGGUUUGAUACAGUAAUGUUUUACUAUGAGAUUUUAGUGAAUGUCACUUUUUGUCAUUUUCAAAUUUCCCGCCGUUCUGUCCCCCGUACGUCCCGACGCUCGCAGGGGACGGAACCCAGAAGACAGAUGCCGGCAUCCGCCCCGGAUUACAUUGCUGGGAAUACUGCAGGAGGUACAUCGCGGGGAGCGCAGGACAAGGUAAGUGAUCGAGGGAUCGCAGAGCAGCGCCGCAUGGUAUUUCCGAGUGUAGCUCAGGGUUACCGCUUGUGCUACACUCGGGAAUACCACCAGGGAGGUUAAUAGCUAA